CCAGGGGGUUGCAGCCGGGCCCCGGCAGCGCAGCGCGGUCCGUGAGGAAGCAGAUGCCCUGAGGUUUGUCGGUCUCAUCACUAUAGAAGUUGCCUGUGUAAAACUCUUUACUGUGCCUCUCCGUUUACACUGCUUGAGGAAGGGAAGCCAGCUGUGUUAAUGCCUAGACUGCUUGAAUGACAGAUUAAUCAGCCACUCGAUGGGGAUUACCAGUGGAUCAACACUUUGUGUCACCUCCCCACCUUUGUGUAGCAAUCAAAACAACUUCAGCACCUCUUCAAUAAUAAUUAUGAAACUGGUAUUAACUGAAUGGCAAUUAUGGAUUUUUAACUCUAGUUCACAGUAAAGGAAAGCAAGCCAGCAAGCCAUAUGUUGAAUUUCCUACCAAAUAGCUUUUUGUUCCUCUGAAUGUUUCAAAGCCUCCAUGAGAAAUUGAUGACGAAAUCUGUUUGCAACAAGGGGAAUUACAAAUAUUGCUUGCACGAGGAACACGACGCCAUCAGAAAGAGAAGACAUCGUAACUUAUCGUUAGAGAUGAUAGUGUUAUUUAUAUAGAUAUAAUAAAUAAAUAAAUAAAUAAAUAAAUAAAUAUAUUUUUAUGGUAAUGAAAAUGGCUCCCCAGAAUGCUGACGCGGAAUCUAUGCAAGUUCAAGAGCUACCUGUGGUACAGCUCCAGAAACCAGAAAAUGAGAAUGAGAGUAAAGAAGAGACUAUAAGUGAAGGAUCUAUAGACCGGAUACCUGUACGUCUCUGGGUGAUGCAUGGUGCCGUAAUGUUUGGCAGGGAAUUUUGUUAUGCCAUGGAGACAGCUUUGGUGACACCAGUAUUGUUACAAAUUGGUCUUCCUGAACAGUACUACAGCCUCACUUGGUUCCUUAGUCCGAUCCUGGGCCUGAUCUUCACUCCUUUAAUAGGUUCAGCCAGUGACCGCUGUACUCUUAGCUGGGGCCGACGCCGGCCUUUUAUUCUUGCCCUCUGCAUCGGUGUCCUUUUUGGAGUUGCCCUUUUCUUAAACGGUUCCAUUAUAGGUCUAGCCAUUGGAGAUGUCCCAGACAAGCAGCCAAUUGGCAUCGUUCUCACAGUGCUGGGAGUGGUGGUCUUGGAUUUCUGCGCUGAUGCAACGGAGGGGCCAAUCCGAGCCUAUUUGCUGGACGUGGUGGACAGCGAAGAGCAGGACAUGGCGCUCAACAUCCAUGCCUUCUCAGCUGGUCUUGGAGGAGCCAUCGGCUACAUGUUGGGGGGCCUGGACUGGAUGCAGACUUUCUUAGGGAAACUCUUCCAAUCCCAAGAGCAAGUGCUCUUCUUCUUUGCUGCCAUUAUCUUCUCCGUCUCUGUGGUCCUCCACCUUUGCAGCAUCGAAGAAGAGCAGUACAACCCUCAGCAGGACAGGAUCGAUGACGAAGCGGACACCAUGUCGAGCGUCAAGCUGAGCGGCAGCCUGCCACCCCUGAAUCGGCUGAACGUCAUCAGCGAGGAAGAGCCUUACGGCAACUCCAUGUUCCCAGACGAGGUCCAGUCCGAGCAAGACCUCAACAUGGACUUCCUCGAGGUGGACAUUGUGCGGAGCAAGAGCGAUUCUGUCCUGCACAUGCCUGACGCCACCCUAGAAAUGGAAUCCGAGCUGCUAUUCCUCCAUGACAUUGAGCCUUCCAUUUUCCAGGACUCUUCUUACCCAAACACCCCUCACAGCACCAGCCAGGAACUCAUGAAGUCCAAAUUCAACCGCCUGUCUGCUUUCCUCAGGGAAAACGAGAAAGAGGAGGAGAUGUUACUUGAUAAUCACUUGAACGAAGCCAAAGUCCCGAACAGCAAUGGCUCCCUACCAAAAGAUCUCCUGAACGGACACGCUAGGAUUGGCAUGAAGCAGUCGAGCACGUCGAACUCCAUGCGCAGGCGAAGGCACAUGUUCUACCGGCAGCCCUCGUACACGUUCUCCUACUACGGCAAGAUCGGCUCCCACCGCUACCGCUUCCGGCGGGCCAAUGCCAUUGUGUUGAUUAAGUCCUCCCGGAGCAUGAACGAUAUCUACGACAUGCAGAAGAGGCAACGGCAGAGGUAUCGGCACAGGAACCAGAGCGGCACGACCAACUCCAGCGGCGAUACGGAGAGCGAGGAAGGGGAAACGGAAACCACGGUCAGACUCCUCUGGCUGUCCAUGCUCAAGAUGCCCAAGGAACUGCUACGGCUUUGCGUCUGCCACCUCUUAACCUGGUUUUCCAUCAUCGCUGAAGCUGUUUUCUAUACCGACUUCAUGGGGCAGGUCAUCUUCCAUGGCGACCCCAAGGCUCCUUCUAAUUCUACCGAAUUGCAGGCCUACAAUGCAGGUGUUCAGAUGGGCUGCUGGGGACUGGUUAUCUAUGCUGCUACUGCUGCUGUGUGUUCAGCCUUGCUACAGAAAUACUUGGACAACUACGACCUUAGCAUAAGAGUGAUCUACAUCCUGGGCACGCUGGGAUUCUCCAUUGGCACCGCAGUGAUGGCCAUGUUUCCCAACGUGUACGUGGCCAUGAUCAUGAUCAGCACAAUGGGAAUCGUCUCCAUGAGUAUCUCCUACUGUCCCUACGCACUUCUGGGGCAAUACCACGACAUCAAGGAGUAUAUCCACCACAGCCCCGGAAACUCAAAGCGAGGGUUUGGCAUAGACUGCGCCAUUUUGUCCUGCCAGGUCUACAUCUCCCAAAUCCUGGUGGCCUCCGCGCUCGGAGGAGUGGUGGAUGUUGUGGGCACAGUCCGGGUCAUCCCGAUGGUCGCUUCCGUGGGCUCUUUCCUGGGCUUCCUGACGGCCACCUCCUUGGUGAUUUACCCUGAAGUUGGCGAGAGCGCAAAGGAGGAACAGAAAGGGCUCGCCCCUCCCAAACCGACGGAAAGCAACGGCGUGAAAGAGGAGAAGCCAACCGUGAUAAAGCUGGGUCGAAAGGAAGCUGCCGCAUCCGAAGUAGAAAGCGAAUCAAUCGUUUGAAUGAAUCGCCAUCAUUCACACACAUUCCAAGCAAUUCAGGUGCAUGAAUCGGGACAUUGUUAAGAGCAAAAUCUGAACUUUCAAAAGACAUCCUUGCUGUUUGACUCGAGGCAAUGGAUUAAAUAGUUCUUUUCAUGCAAAAUGUAGAUGAAAUUGCAUAGUGCUAGGAUAGCCUUGAAUAGGUAGCUUUGAUGCUGAUUGCUUUCUUUACAAUCCAGAAAAAUCUUCUUACUUAGAAGUAUUUUUAAUGAAGAAAAAUGCACUUGGGUUUCCCAGAUGACUUUUAUCAGUGGGCAGGAAAACGGCAGGGUGGGGAGGGGACGGUUUAAGACGGCAUGGCAUAUUUUCAAAAUUCUCAAAUUAUCCAUUUGGACCAUUAAUUUUUUGCAUUUUUAAUUUUUUUUUAGACUGCAAUUCUGCAAAAGCAAUUCUGGCUGCAGCUUUUGCGUAGAGGCUCCUGUUUUCCUUUUGUUUGGGUCUGAUCCGUUUGGACCUUGCAACUUUAAUAGGAGAACCAGUUGCAUUGAUCAAGUUGUGUAUUUUAGAAUCAAUGCGACAUGAGUCUGACAGCUUCAGUUCUUUGUGUCGUCGUCCCCCCUCCGCUUUUGAACCUUAGUCUGGAUUUCAUUAUUCGGGGGGCAAUUGCUAUUUUGUACCAGACUUAUUUUGAACAUAUUGCAGCAGCUCCUGCAAGAACUGCUGUCAAUUAAUUUUUCUAAUUCAAGCUGUUAAAAACAUUUGUCUCCGAUGGCUGUUGUUUGCCACAGUUCCUGGAGCGGGAUCUGUUUGCUAUUGAGCUGGUUUGGGCAGUUGAGAAGGAGGACUUUCAGCAGGGCUUCAGACGGCAGUGAAAUACGCUGUGACCAUUUUUGCCAGGGAGCUGGUCAAAUUUGAAUAUUUUUUCUUGUUUUGUUUUGUUAUAGUGGCAUUUGAAAGCCAAUGAUCUCCUUUGUGACGAUGAAACGGCUUUGUCGGUUUCUUCAAAUGGGUUCGUGAGGGUUCCCUUGUUUAGAAGGGGUUGUCGAUUGCACUUUUUCGGAACUUCUGGGCUGGAAACGGCGAUAGCUGAGUUUUUAAAAGGUAGUCUCGCUACGGCGGGCAAAAACCAAAGGCCUACCUCUGAUAUUGCAGCCAGGAGUGUGUGCGUGUGCGGCUACGUGUUUGUUUGUGUUUAAAAAAAUGUAUCUUGGAACAGCUUUGGGCCUUAAAAGAAUCCAACGUUUAAAAAAUGCUGUUAAUUUUUCCAUGGUCCAGGAAUUGUAUUGCUGGAACCCUCCAUUCCUUUCAACCCCAACUCCUUCCCCUGAUCUCCCACCUUCCCCACUUAGACGGAGUACUGGUUUCAGGACAAUAGCGGUAACACACACACAAAGGAGACAACCGUUUGUCUUUUUCAGCACAGGCCACAUCAUUAGUAGGUCAGACUCUACACCACACCAAGUCAAUGCUGGGAAUUAACAAUCCCUUAGAGGAUCCCAUUGGGAAGAGGCAGUUUAGAGAGUUCCUCUCAUCUGAAGGAAGAGGGAGUGCCCUUGAACGUUCCCUUUACACCUGCAGAGAACGCAAGUCGAAGAGGCUGCAGCUACUUCUGAGGCUGAGGGCGGCAGUCCAAGCUGCUGUCGUGAUAUUUCCGCUGCCUCAAACUUACCUAUUUAAAAUGCAGUACUUUAAAAUGCAUGCGUUGAGCCAUGCUGCAAAUAUAGUAAUUCAAAAGCAAAUCAAUCUCUCUCUCUCUCUCUAUAUAUAUAUAUAUAUAAAUAUAUAUUUCAUAAUAAAAACAGUUUUUAAUAAAUUACUUGAAUUGUCAAUGUAUUUAAAAAAGAAAAUGUAUGUCUUACAUAGCUAAAGCGAUAAUCGUCUUGCUGCAUCUUUAGAGUGUUCAGCAGCAUCUGUUUGGUCCUUCCCUGUGCUUUUCUCACCACAUUUUAUACGGGGCUUCACAAAGCGAUUUUUUAAAUGUCCGAAGAAAUACUCCGCUUUACUUUCGGUUUUCCUCAAAAGAUUGUUAUUUGGAGCAUUUCGUUUGAAACUUGUUUUCAGAGGACAGCAUAAUACUACUGAAGUAAUCCAAGAAAUGAAAUAAAUCUUGCAGGAGCCUUUAGCUAAGAGUGUUUUCAUCCUCAUGACGAUUUAUGGUGUUCGCCGCACCUCACCACAAGGCAGCCUUUGCUUCACCAUGGAAGUGGCUUUUAUUUUGAAAACUUGUUCAGCAACAUACUAUUUGAAAAUAACUAUUUGAAUCCUAAAAGUUUACCUUUUUCUGAAAGGAUUCCACCAAGCAGCACUUGGUGGCUUUUAAAAAUAGGAAGUCACUGCUUCUUGGUUGACCCUGUCUUACAUUGUAAAGGGGGGGGGGUGUUUUUAAACUAGUCACCCCUUCAAUUGACUCUACCUUUGAUGCAAUUUUAAUUGCAGGUAUUUCUGCCUUGACUUUUCUCUUCCUUGAAGGCUGUUUUUCAGCUGGUUUAGUGAACCUCUGCCAAAACUGUUCAGGGUUAGGAGGGCAAAUGUUGAUUCUGUUUUUUCCAAACAUGUGUUGUCUUCAGAGGACUUGAAUCUUACAUGCUUCUAAGGGUAAAUGAAAGCCAGAAGUUCCUGGUCUCUUCUUAGGUCCCAUCACCUUAUGCUUCCUGACUAGUUCCGCAAUCGCUCGACCGCCAUUUUAAUUUCACUGUUGGUUCUGUCAGAAGCCGGAAUGCCAGAUCCUGAAUGAAUUCUAAACAUCCCACUGGAAGAAAUGUGCCAUGUUUUUGGUUGCUGUCUGAUCUUUCUGCAACUCUUGUUAAAAGAACACCAGACCAAAGAGAUAACUGCUUCUUGAGUUAGAUUUUCAAGUCACUGAAUAAGUCUGAAGCCAAACUGGUGUCUGGAGAGACACACAAAUGACUUGUCAUAAGCUUGGCCUAACUGGUCCUUAGUAAUGUCAUCAUCUCGGCUUAAGCAUAGACCCUCCUAUGCUUUGGAAGGUCAAGUCUCAUUUCUACCUGAGAGCUGUGUACACUUUGCUUUGUGCAAGUCUACAAGUGACUUUAUCCCACGUUGGUAAAAAACCAACAUGAGGUUUAUGUCCGUCCCAUUUGAUAUCUUCUGAUGCCCACGUUCAAGCUGAGCUGUACUGAACUGAACAAGCAUAGUUCGAAAAUGUCUUAACUUUGGUUAGGCAGAAGAUUAGGGGGAAGAAGAUUAGGCAUGCCAUUGCCAGUACACUGCCGAUUGACAGGUAUAUUUGCAGCUCAGACUCCCAAGUAGCUUGGCUUCCUAUCAAAGGGACCUGGAACUGUAGUUCUGUAUUGGGCUUUAGAUCUCCAACAGAAUUCCCAACAUCCGGGCAGCCGUCCCUUUUUCAGGAUUCCUUAAGGGAAGUUGCGGUGGGUAAAUGGCUUUCGUUGGCUAUACACAUGGACUUCGUUUAUUUAGCUUGCCUCUUACCCUUUAAAUGAAGGGAUGUUCUCUUUGGUUUUGAUACGUACCAUCUUCAUCUUCAGAAUUCAACCACAUUUCACCCUGGAGUUCUUCUGUCACUGGCAUCAGCUACCUGAUUGUUAAGGCAACAUCUCUUGAAUUUUAUAGGAUUUGAGAGGGCUGAAUGUAACCUUUUUUUAGAAGUUAUAGAAAUAGAAUUCCAGUGACGACAUCCAACCGGACUUAGACAAGAUUGUUAAUUUAGGAUGACUUUGGAGAGAGAGAAAAGCAAUAAUCUUUUCUUUUUAAAGAAAUGGCUUCUUAUUUGCACAUGGGGACUUUUACCCAAAUACUCUUUAUAAUCUUCUGCCUAUCUGUUCUGUCAUCCAGACUUGUUUCAGGGUUACCAACCGAGGCACGUAGAAACUUAAUCCUCCCUCAGCCUUAGGAGAAAAAGGCUAUUGAGGCUGUAGCAAACAACCCAUAUUUAGAUUGGAAUUUGUCCUAUCCAGUGCUUUUUAAUUUAGCCCAUUCCUUGAAAUUGGGAAAUAUAAAGAAAAGAUGUGCAAAGGAGGCAGCCUCAACGGAGGACUCCCUGUGCUGGGAAGUGCUGCCUUUUUCUCUGUUCUCUUUGUUGGCUCCUACGGAGAUACGUCUAGCGGAUGGUCCUUGUGCUACAUUUUAAGGAGACUGGGCUAUGGCUAGGAUGGUGGCCAUGCCAGCCAUCAAUCCCUUCCCUCUAGUUUUGAGUUAAUUUUGCUAUUUGAUAGGACUGUGGCAAAAUUGCAGCAUCAGGUUCACAAUACAGAACUGAACUGUACCCUGAGUGACAGAUUCCUCAUCUGAUUUUAGCUGCACAGAAUCAUAAAAGAUCUUUGUAGCAGGUUAGAGCCGUUAGAGCCCAGUUCCAUGUUUUUUGAAAGAAGGUUUAUAAUGCCUGUUUAAAGCCCUCUUUCAUGACAUGGAGGGAGAAGGUGAAGUUGUUAUGCCACAGUACAUCUUAAUUUCUUUUGUCAGGAGGCAAACCAGGCCCUCCACUGUGAAGCACUUUGUGAUCGCUGAAAGCCGAGUGUUUCGUAUUUACAGCUCCGUUUGGAAGCAUACCCGGCUGUUUGGCACCACCUGGAUAUACCUUUUUGCCAUUCAGUCACUGAAAGCUUUUUCUUUACCUAAAAAGAAACGGCUUUGGCCCAAACCCCCUUCCUAUGGCUGUUCUUGUCCCCUAUACAUUGCAACACAAUUUUCACUACAGCUGUCCACCACCUGCUAACAAGUUGCAAAUCAGCUAUGACUUAGAUCCAUUUGUUGCUUCGUACACAACCCAAAAUCCCGCAUGACUCCCCUGCCAAGCACAUGUAGCAACUUAAGUACCUGAAGUGUCUUUUGUGGAAAAGGUUAUUUGGUUUUUUUAUUCAUUUGCAGCUCUCUUUGUUUUCUGUUAAUAGGCCAAAUAAAUGUAACGGACACCAAAUGUUGCACAGAAUUGGAAAACAAUGACUGUGUUGUGAAAAGGGAGGGGGGUGGGAAGGAUAGCAAUUUUUUUUAAUCUUCUCCUGACUGUAGAUUCUUAGGCUUUCAAGUACAGUCCUAAAGCAGUGAUUUCUGCAAGAAAAUGCUAAGCUACAGGAUUUUAAAGACUGCAUUGAAGAAGAAGAAAAGUCAUUUGCAAAUACAAAAAAAGGUGAUCUACCUAGAGUUCUGUUUCCAUGUUGCACACAAAGUAAAAGUUUUAUUGCAGAUGCACCCUCUGUUAAAACACUGGCUAUACCACUCUUUCUUUGAGGGAGGGUCUCAGCGUCUUGUAAGGGAAUUCUACUUGCAUAACUCCCACCAGGCAAUUUAAUUCAGAUAGGUAAUGGUUUCCUUCUGGUACAAGAGUCAGAUGAGUCUUACGAGCAGGAACUCACCCCCAAUUUUGACGCUGAACAACGUGCCCCAAACUUCCUUUUUACAGUCAUGGGAAUAAAUACCUCGGUCUGCAAUAAAGCGCAAAACUCUGCCGUGCAAAUUUGUCCCACCUGUGCAAGAUGCUCUGUGUACAGGCUGUGAACAGUAACUGGAUUUCUGCACAGUUUAUGGUUCAUGGGCUUGCCUUGAUCACGUUGCAGGAGUAAGACACAUGUGCAAGUCCACAUGUGGACACAGCCCAAGAGGGUUCCAGUACCUUUAAGAGUUGCCCAAAGGGAGUCUUCUGCCUGGAGUGGCUUCUCUUCUCACUGUGGACAGUUAGGAAACAAGCUCAUGCUGCUAGAAUUCCUUCUAAACAUCUCAUUACAGAUACAAGAAAUCUCUCAAGGUCUGUACUGGCAGCGCUGAUGUAAUUUUCGAAUUAUUCUACAAAUUUUCCUAAGGCUUCAAAAUGUUACCCAACAGGUCUCUUACUUGCCCAAUGUGUCAAUUUCUGAUCUACACAAGGGCAUAAUAGGGGACUACACAUUUUCUGGGUAGCUUUCAGUAAAUGGACUAUGAAUGCCCAGGUAAUAAAGUUCCCAGAAAAAUACGUCAGGUUCCCAGUGUAAAUUCCUUGAUUCUUCAAGAUAGGAAAGAACUCAUUGUAUUGAUCAAACGUAAAGAUGAUUUCAAGAUGUCUUGCUUUUUCAGAAAAUAGGAAACCACACUGAAAAGACUUAGGCCUCUCUAGGCUUGAGUUAGAGUUAACCUUGAAAUAUGGUUUGCAAUUCAUUACAUGCACAAUAUUCUACUGGGGAAUAUGAUUCUAUUAGCCUGAUCCAAAUUAAGUGUUUUGUUAUUGUGUAAUUUCUAUUGCAAGAUGGACCUGAAACCUUCUUGGUAGCCAAAUGGCCAACUGAAUAUUAAAAAAAAAAUGCCUCACCUACUGAAAAGCUGCAUAUAGGCAUCUCAUAAUGAAAAAUAUAAGUAAAUAUAUAUAUUUAGUUCCGUUGUGAACUGGCCAUAAGACAACUUCUUUUUUAUCAACUUAUUAAGUUGGGGCACUAUACUAGCUCUUGCUGAGUUUAGCAAUGUUUAUAAGCGUGUGUUAAACACAUAAUGUUUCAAGUUUAAUGAGGAAAAAGGGAUAACAAAAUAGAAAUGUGACAGAUGAAUGUGUCUGUGUGGAUUAGAUGGCAUAACGUUCUGGGAUUUGAUUUCAACACAGAGCUUUCUUUUCUGGUUGUUAUGGUAAAGACUUGUUGCAUGAGAAACAGUUUAACUGUUCUGCACUUUUGGUCUGUUUGUAUAAUUUUGUUUCCAUUUAUGGAUAGAAAUGGCUGAAUGUAGAGUUAAAAAAACAAAAACCACUAUUUCACAUUUACAUGUGUUCGAUCCAUUGUUCUACAGUUCAAUCUUAAUAAACAUUUCAAUUCGA